UUUUUUUUUUAAUUAAUUUUUCCAUUUUGCCUUCUUUUUUCUAUUUUGUCAUCUGGGGUUCAUACAAUUUCAUGAACACGUGUGCGAAAAGCUGUGUCCCUCAUGCCAAUAAUAAUCAUUCAAAGCCUCCAUUUUUUUUUCUCUUUUUUUUUGGAUUUGUUAAACAAGAAAUUCGGAUAUAUAUCCUUAAAAGAAUAUACAGACAGCAGAAAAUACCAAAUUGGACUUUUGACUGAGUAAGAAAGAAACAGUUUGGGAUUAGGCAGCAGGUGUGGAGAGUAAUUAUAAUGGCUAGUCUAACAGAUGACCAACAAGAACUCAACUUUGGGAUUGACGGCAAUAUAAAUAAUUGUGAUGAAAAAGAAAUUCAAAUAGAUGCUAGUACUAUUGUAGAGAGAGGAGGAGGAGAAGAAAAGGAUAUGGCUCAUUUGACCGGUAGUUUGAUUCACCGGUCAUCCUCCCGGCCGCAGCUGGACCUCAGUGGGGCAGCCAUACAAGGAAAUUUUGAGGAAAGGGAUCCCACAAUACUGUUGCCUAAUCAGUCUGAUGAUAUUUCUCAUUUGGCUUUGGACAUUGGAGGAUCUCUAAUCAAGUUGGUUUAUUUCGCAAGACGCGAGGAUCAGCCAAUCAAUGACAGGAGAAAAAAGACAAUUACGGGGAGAUUAGGGAUUUCAAAUGGCAUUAGGAGGAGCUACCCUAUUCUUGGUGGGAGACUGCAUUUUGUGAAGUUUGAGACAAUCAAGAUUAAAGAAUGCUUGGAUUUCAUCUACUCAAAGCAACUUCAUCGUGGCGGAAUGGAUUCACGACGUUGGCAAUUCAAAGGUCCAAGCACUGAGAACACCGUAAUUAAGGCUACAGGUGGCGGGGCACACAAGUUUUCUGAUCUCUUUAAGGAAAGACUUGGGAUUAGUAUAGAGAAAGAGGACGAAAUGAAUUGUCUUGUGGCUGGAGCAAAUUUUUUGCUCAAGGCAAUUCGACAUGAAGCUUUCACACAUAUGGAAGGCCAAAAGGAGUUUGUGCAGAUUGAUCAAAAUGACUUAUUUCCAUAUCUUCUUGUGAAUAUAGGAUCUGGUGUUAGUAUUAUAAAGGUUGAUGGGGAUGGGAAAUUCCAGCGAGUUAGUGGAACAAAUGUUGGUGGGGGGACAUACUGGGGAUUAGGGAAGCUGUUAACAAAAUGCGAAAGUUUUGAUGAAUUAUUGGAGCUGAGCCAGCGUGGAGAUAAUAGAACUAUAGACAUGCUUGUUGGUGAUAUUUAUGGUGGAACAGAUUACUCAAAGAUUGGUCUCUCUGCAUCAACAAUUGCCUCAAGUUUUGGCAAGGCAAUAUCUGAAAAUAAGGAGCUCGAUAAUUAUAGACCUGAAGAUAUAUCUCUGUCCCUCUUGCGAAUGAUUUCCUAUAAUAUUGGCCAGAUAUCUUACUUAAAUGCAUUGCGCUUUGGACUUAAGCGGAUAUUUUUUGGAGGGUUUUUUAUCAGAGGCCAUGCCUACACUAUGGACACCAUUUCAUUUGCAGUGCAGUUCUGGUCCAAAGGGGAAGCACAGGCAAUGUUUCUACGACAUGAAGGGUUUCUGGGAGCUUUAGGUGCAUUUAUGAGCUAUGAAAAGCACGGUUUAGAUGACCUUAUGGUUCAUCAGCUAGUAGAAAGGUUCCCGAUGGGUGCACCGUAUGUGGGAGGAAAUAUCCAUGGCCCACCUCUUGGAGAUUUAAAUGAGAAGAUAUCGUGGAUGGAAAAGUUUGUGCAGAAGGGAACUGAAAUUACUGCUCCGGUUCCAAUGGCCCCUCCAGGAACCACUGGCCUUGGAGGCUUUGAAGUUCCAUCAUCCAAAGGAGAUACCUUGCGUUCUGAUGCCAGUGAACUAAAUGUUGGUGUUCUCCAUCUUGUACCAAGUUUAGAAGUGUUUCCACUGUUGGCAGACCCAAAAACAUAUGAGCCCAACACAAUAGAUCUCUCAGAUCACAGUGAACUAGAGUAUUGGUUCACUAUACUAUCAGAACAUUUAUCAGACCUUGUUGAUAAGGCUGUGGCAAGUGAAGGUGGUACCGAAGAUGCUAAGAGACGGGGUGAUGCAUUUGCUCGUGCAUUCUCUGCACACCUGGCCAGGUUAAUGGAGGAGCCUGCUGCAUAUGGAAAAUUGGGGCUGGCCAACCUUUUGGAAUUAAGAGAAGAGUGCUUGAGGGAGUUCCACUUCUUUGAUGCUUAUAGGAGCAUAAAGCAGAGGGAAAAUGAAGCAUCACUUGCAGUUCUACCUGAUCUUUUAAAGGAGCUCGACAGUAUGACUGAGGAAACAAGAAUGCUUACAUUAAUUGAAGGGGUACUAGCUGCAAACAUCUUUGACUGGGGAUCCCGUGCAUGUGUUGAUCUCUACCAUAAGGGAACAAUUAUUGAAAUAUACAGAAUGAGUCGCAACAAAAUGCAAAGACCUUGGCGGGUGGAUGAUUUUGACGUUUUCAAAGAGAGAAUGUUUGGCUCUGGAGAUAAGAAGCCUCAACCUCAUAAAAGAGCUUUGCUUUUUGUGGACAACUCAGGUGCUGAUAUUGUAUUAGGAAUGCUUCCGCUUGCAAGGGAACUUCUGCGACGUGGAACUGAAGUUGUGCUGGUUGCCAACUCCCUUCCUGCACUAAAUGAUGUUACUGCUAUGGAGGUACCUGAUAUUGUUGCUGAGGCUGCUAAGCACUGUGACAUCCUUCGGGGAGCCGCUGAAGCAGGAGGCCUACUUGUGGAUGCCAUGAUUAAUAUCCAAGAUUCUUCAAAGGAAAGCUCCUCGUCAGUUCCCCUGAUGGUUGUUGAAAAUGGGUGUGGGAGUCCAUGCAUAGACUUGAGACAAGUCAGUUCAGAGUUGGCUGCUGCAGCCAAAGAUGCUGAUCUGGUAAAACAAUUCUAUUCUUUUUGUUCAUUUCAUGAUGAGCAAUUCGAUCUGCAGCUUGCAAUGGUGAAGAAUCAGCGACUCGCUGAAAAGUUAAUUAAAGGAAGCAUAUACGAUUGUGUCUGCCGAUUUGAACCAGCUAACUGAAAUCCCUCCAUUCUGGCUUUUAGCUUGGUUUCAUCGAUCAAUUUAGCGAGUAAUGUUAUAUCAACCGCUUGUGCGUUAUAAUCUGUACAAUUUGGGUGUCGACAACUACAUAAAAUAGAUAAUUGAUUGUGGCAUUGCUGUUGUAGUUCUGUUUUUCUGUUAUUUCGUCUACGCAAGGAGCAUACUUUUGGAUUUUAAACGUAGUUUUUUCCAAAUGUUUUGUUGCAAAUAGAUUCGGGUUAUAACUUCGCUACGAGUAAAUAGCAUUAAUCUUAAGGU